CAGGACAACCAUAAACUUUGUAAACAAACCCCGUGUGUCGCUGCGAACGGUUUGGAUUUGUUUACAAACAAGGGAGGGGUGCGCUUUAGGAUUAAGGACGGAUUUUGCUUGGAACAAUACACUCAGUAAUGCCCUGUGUAUCACAAGACAUCUUUGGGUCAAUACUGCCGUGACUCAUCCCCGCAGCCGCGGAUAUGGAAAAAGUCCUGUAUGCUAGAUUGUGCCCUCACCCAACUCCGUUUCGGCCACACAACACUUCACGCUCUCCUGCGCCUCCUGGUGAAAAAAAUGAUUGUGGCAACAGUGUUAUGUUUAAUUCUCGGAUUCACGGGAGCUGGCAGUGAGAUGGUGGCUCUUCGUGUGAUAAAUGAACUUCCUAGUGCAGGAUAUAUAUAUGGCAAUCCGCAGAAAUCUGAUACAAAACAUGAGGAAAAGCUGCAUUUAAGAAUGAAGCCAGCCAAAUUCAGUGGACCUGAACAUCUUCAGGAGCUCUCAGGGAAAUGCUUUAAAUACAGAGAUCAAAAAUAUGAAUAUGUGUUAUGUCCAUUCCACAACAUUACACAGGAAGACAUUCAAGCUUAUUAUGAACCAUAUAAAGGUGUUCUUGGAGUAUGGAGUGACUGGACAAUUGAUAACAACAAAUUUGUGGCAAUGAAUAUGAUAGAAGGAAGUAGGUGUGGUGAAGGCACACACCGCUCUACCAAGGUGACUUUAAGCUGUGGUGCCUACUCUGAAUUAAUUGAGGUGACAGAACCUGAAAAAUGCAGGUACCUGGCCAAAUUCAAGACUCCACUUGUUUGUGGUAUAAAUGCAAUGGUUGUGUAUCCAAGGCUGCCUGAAUCCCUCCAGAGACAGUGGGAUGAGGUGGAACAGAACUGGCAGGAUGGUUAUCUCACUGAAAAGGGUUUUGAAAAGCAGUUGAUGACAAUAUUUGUUGAAGCUGGAUUUUACCUCUCUUCUGAUAUAAAGAAAUCGUUACUUCACAAUGUAACAGGGAAAACAGAUGAGAACUGUAAGGCUGCAUUAGAUGCAGCUCUCUCACGUGUCAGUGAGCUUGAAGAUGAGCUCAGACUGAAGGAAGAUAUUAUUAAAGAAUUAGAGGAAAAUAAAAAGAGGGUAUAAUUCUUGCUUUCCAUAAACGUGUACCUCAUUUUCCAGGCACCAUCUUAGGAGGAGAGGGGAUGACAGGCAUCACCACAGCAAGUAUCUGUCAAGCAGCUGGCCAGGGAGAAAGGCAGGUGUUGAGGCCCUCCUGAUGAAUUCUAACACACCAAGGUAACUGGGGUACUAAAAGCUAGGUGGCACCUGCUCUCUCACACUUGAUGCACUGCCGCUGUCUACUGGCUGCUGGCCACUAGACUCUCCUGUGUAUAUAUAUGAGGCUUGUCACCAACCUGACAAGUGCCUCAUCCUUAUCUGUGAUAUAACAUGGACAUACACUGCCUUGUUUCCUCCAUUGCUGUGCACCAUGUUGUGUGUAGGCGUUAAGAAGGACAGCAGCGCAGGUCUUGCCUCUAUGGCUGUGAAAACUACAAAGAGAGUGAGUAUUUGGGGCAUCCCAUGGCAUCAUGUCCCUUCCUCCUCCUCUUCUUGUGGCACUGUUUUCAUUGUUUUUUUUUAUAUUUACUUUUGUCUUCCCCUUUUUUUUUUUUUUUUUGUCAUUCUACUUAUUUCCAACUCUCCUGAGCCUGUUUCCAUUAAAAUAUCUCUAGUUAUCAAUUCUUGGGUUAACCCUGACCUUAGACCCUUGCUAGUUUAGUUAAUUGCAUGGAAUAUAGAUAGGAGAGUGGUAUGGAGAAGGGAAGAUUUUCAGGGCAACUAAUGCAAAAGAUGUUUCAAGACAAAACUGAAAUACAGUAUCAAAGAUACACAGCAAAAAUGUUCACAUACCUGCAGAAUUUGAAAUAAACCAGUAUUAUACCAAAACCACAAGAUGAAUAUUACUUGAUAAUACUAGAGAGUACUUUGAAAUAUGGCCAAUAUUUUCUGUAGAUUUAAAUAUGGCUAACAUCUACUGUAGACCUGUACUAAUGAGGGGAGCUUGAAAAAAGUCAUGCAUUCAUGUCAAGAUUUAAUUGGUUGUUCCUGGGACUAAGAAAUCAAUGAAAUUUGGUGAUAACUUGCAAAAGAUUUCAUGCUGAUAAGCAGAUAGAUAAUAAAAUUAAUUGAGGAUAUUUUGAGAUAACUUCUGGACAGACAUUAUAAAGCAGAUUUAGAUUAAUCAUUAAUUUCUAAGAUAUCCUUCGUACAAAAUGAAGGUAAACUGAAAUUUGUUGAUGACAUUUUGAAACAUCUUUCAGACACAUAGACAGACAAAUAAACAAACAUUGGUAAAUACAUAACCUCCCCUUGAUAGCCUACAAAUUUUUCCAGAUAAAAAUUCUCUGGGUCAUCCUUAGCUUGUGAAAUACUGAAGGAUAGAACAGAAAGAGACCAGUCAUUGUCUUGUUUUUUUAUUCAUGAGCAUGUCAGCUAGUCUGCCGCAUCCUCAGAGAGGGCUGUGACUGUGUCCCACAUGCUUAUUUUCUCAGUUACAUUAACCUAAAGAGAGCUGGACUGAUUGUUACCACUGAUCUUGAUGGGGGUUUAUUUUUCAAUAUUUUUAUUUAAUCUGGCUUAUUUAAUUUUUUUUCCAAUCAAACACUGCCAGUCACAAAUCAUCUGAAUAUACAUAUAAAGUACUAUGAGUUUCUUUAUGUACUUAACUUUUUAUUUAUGUAUUUCAUUUAUUAAUGUAAGAAAUUUCUGAAUCCAUAUAAGUACAACAGAAUCAUUCUUGUUAUCAGCCCAGGUCUCUUAAGGAUGAAUGUAAGCCAUCAUCCAUACUCUAUCACUUAAACCAGAAUAUACAGGUAGAUGAUUCAAACCUUAACAGAACAUUCCUUAAAAUGUACAAUGAAAAGUGAAAUGGAGUUUGUUGCAUGAAAAAAAAAAAAAAGAAAAAAAAUAUAAUAACUAUUGACAGGUAGUUUUGAGUAAUUAUUUACAAAGGCACAACAUACUAGCAAUAUGGAAGACAGUAUUUGCAGUCACAUACAAAAUGCUACUUAUUCCUCCAGUCAUACAACAUUUCCAAACAACCAGACUGAGCUUUCUGAGGCGUUCUAAGGUCUGCUCUAUGUCCAUUGCAAACCACCCUUAAAUUAUUCCUUUAAGUAUUUUCUAAGACAUUAGAGAAAUACACAGCAUCGUGUGUGUGGCUCAGAAGUGAUGUUUCUUUCCCUGCAGGCUGGCCAGACACUUCACCCUUCUGGGGAGCUCUUGUACAGUAUAUCUCCAUGAUAUAAUGGCUGACACAUACUCUUUUUAAUUUACUGUGGCACAUGAAAGUUUGGCAAUACAUACUGGUUUUUAUCCAAGAAUAUCCUGUCCUUAAGAAUAAUGGGUCAGGGUUCUUCUGUGCCCAGGGCUGAGUUCAAGAAAGAGUUUUAUUUUUCUAAUGUUUCAAAACAUUUCCAAACACCUUCGAUACAGCAUACAUAGCUUAUUAUAUCCUCCCUAUCUUUUGCUGGAUGUGUCUAACACAUUCUAUAUUUCCACUCUUCUACUUUCUGUUUAGAACUGUUUGAUAAUGUUUUGUGCAUAGGAAUCCAUGCCUCCUAAGCACAGCUGCACUGUAGACUAGAGUGAGGCAUCUCUCGCUCUCCGUGUGAUAUAUAUAUUAUUCUUAAAAAUUGUGUUCAUGUUCAUGAUAAUUCAUUGGACAUUCAUGACUUUUUAAGCAGUAGUGAUUGAAAUUAUAUCCAGAAUCAUGUACAUACAUUACAAAUUAUGUAUGAAUUUGUUCUUAAGAAAACUGUACAUGUUAGAUCUAUCUUGAAUUUCUGUGAGAGGGCAAGGAUAUUGUAGGACAGCCAGGCAGGGUAUGGAGAUGUGUUCAGACUACAUAUAAUAUACAUGGGAACAAUGAUCCAGUACAUGAAUUUGGGCAAUCAGCAAAAAAGACAGUAAACAAGCUUCUCACAUCACUAUAUAGAGUGCCACUGGAUUUUUAUUUAUGUAGUUAAGCACAAAGAAAAAUCACUUAAGAAGAAAGUGUAUAAACUGAAUAUUGUUUCUUUAUCUAUAUGAAGCAGUGGUGAUAGUUGCUCACUGCACAAGCCAAAGAUUCAAGAUUUUGCAACCUUUAUUUCUUACAAUUCCAGUAUCAUGUUUUUGUGUAUAUAUAUAUAUAUAUAUAUAUAUAUAUAUAUAUAUAUAUAUAUAUAUAUAUAUAUAUAUAUAUAUAUAUAUAUAUAUAUAUAUAUAUAUACCUUUUUUUCUUUUUUUCUUAAUAUAUCUUCUGUAUGUAUAUCAGCAAUAUUUAGCAGCUUCCCAGCUUGGCACAACAUGCUCAGCAACAACAACAAUAAAAAAUAAUAAAUUCUGGUAACAUCUUUGGUAUUGAAUGAGUUUUGAAUUCCAGUACAGAUAUGUAUGUCAGGGCGAAAAUUGUUAGCCUACAGCAGUGAUUCAAAUGGAGAGUAGGAUACUUUUGCUAACUCUGGAAAUUAUUAAAGAAAAAAAAAAGCAAGGAAAACAGCUUAGGGGUAACGGAGCAGUGACUGACUAAAAUUAUCUUACAAGCUAAUUCCAACAAUUUCCCUCCUUCCAGAUUCUUUGUCUCACCCGUUUGUUAAUUAAGUACAACUUCGUCUUUCUUCUCUACUUAAUAAGCCCUCAAGACUGCAUUCCCCAGAGGCAAGGAACUCAGACACUGAGGAUGAAUGAAGCCUCAAUAUGAACUGAGUAUGACAUUAGCACUGUAACCCAAUGCUCAGGGGAGGAAAAAAGGGUGAUACAUGGAAUGCACCUGAGAGUGUCUGUAGUUUAAUAAAGAAAUUGUUUACUUUGGUAUAAUUGAUGAUUUUUUUUAAUAUAGAUUAAACAAUGACACAGAGGUAAACAACAGAAUAAAUACUGAAUGGAUGUUCAGAGAAGUCAGAAGUAGUCAGCACUCCCUCUGGCAGCAGAAAAUUAAUAGUAGGCUACAGGGUAGCAUGGGUCCUUAUUUACUGCUCUUAUUUGUCAAUGCAGCUGGGCACAAAGGGCUGACUUUGAUUACAUUUGUGUUAUUAAUUUAUAGUUUUGGUUUUGGAGGGAGUGGCAACAACUGCAUUGGAAUGUGUGCAUGUAUCCAUGGAGGGAUUGCAGGUCACAGAGGGUGAAUAUUAAAGUUGAGAUGUUGGAUUAAGUGUACAGGAAAAUGAGCUGUGAUGAGACUUGCACCAUUCCAUAAACUCAUAAAAGUUCAAAGUGGUGCAAAAACACAUCCUGAAAAAAUGUUUCUUAAGUGUAAUACUGGUUCAAUUACUAUUUACUAAAACAAUGCCAAGUUAAGAGAACUUGUAAACUGCAAUGAUGGCUGCCCAGUUCGCUCAUUUUCGGCUUAUUUUAGCGUCUUUACGUCUCAUUGGAGCCAUAGAAGGUGACACUUUCAACGAGGGAAGCAUUAGUGGUAUUGAACAGUUACAUGAUAUAUUUACAAGUCAACCCUUAAUGGCACAUUGGCCUAGAGAGUUGAUAAAAAGCAUUAAAUUACGUUAGUUCAUCAAGUGUCAGGGACAGACGUCGAGGUAAUGACCCAGCAAAGGAAGUGAAGCAAUUGUGGUUGUGAUGUAUUGCUGAUUUUGUGAGUUACUGUGCAUACAUUUUUGUUACUGGUUUAUACUUUUUAAUGAACUAAAUUAACUUUUUCUUAGUGCAUGGUUGUUCAACACAAAUUCAACAUGCCUAAGUGUUUUCUGGAUUUUACCUCAUCUCACAAAAUGAAAACAAAAAUGUUACAGAUUCCUCAUCUUUUACAUCUUGUUUACUCAUUAUUUUUCUUUUGAUCUUGCAACAUUUGCUUGCUGGCAUCUGGUGAC